GCCGGCACCCGGGCGGCUGAGGAGCCCCGCGUGGCUCCUCCCGGCAGGUCGCCGCGCUGGGGGCGGGCUUUCCAGGCGCCGGGGCUGCCGCAGGACCACCGCCCCGCCAGCGUUCCGGCCCGGGGUGGAUGGGGUCGGGCCUGAUCCAAAGGAUGAAGAGGUCUUGGCAACUUUUUGAAAAAAAAAAAAGAAAAAUCCCCGGGCGCUGUGGGGGGAGGCACCCAGAGUAGCCUGUUGGGUGUCGGCGGCGCCUAGGAAGGAAGCGAAAGGGACGCUUCGAGGCUACAGCUGCCAAAAUGGGUUGCGGAUUGAACAAGUUGGAGAAACAUGAGGACAAACGGCCUGGAAAUAUCUAUUCAACUUUGAAGAGGCCUCAGGUGGAAACCAAGAUAGAUGUGUCCUAUGAAUACCGCUUCCUGGAGUUCACGACCCUGGGCGCCACCGAGCUCCCGAGGUCCUCAGCAGUGAGACUGGCCUCUUUGCGUGACCUGCCUGCCCAGCUCCUGGAGCUCUACCAGCAGGGCUUCUCAUUGGUGGCCCUGCACCCCUUCGUGCAGCCGACCCAUGAGCGGGAGAAGUCACCCCUGGAGCACAUCUUCAGGGCCAUCCUGAUCAAGAAAACCGACAGAUCUCAGAAAACUGAUCUUUACAAUGAAGGCUACAUCUUGGAAUUAGAUUGCUGUUCCUCCUUAGCCCAUCUAACAGACCAAAAAAUCAUCCCAGAGUUCAUUAAGAAGGUUCAGGAGGCUGCGAGCCAGGGCCUGAAAUUCGUCGGCGUCAUCCCUCAGUACCAGGACCCCAGGAACCCGGCCGGCUGCAGCCUCCCGGCGGAUACCAGAGGGGCCAGGCUGGAGCCCGGCGAGUGUGCGGAUCCGGAGGCCCCGAGGAAUCCAGUGGGGGCAGAUGGAAGCCCAGAGCCAGGCCAGGGCCCAGGAGUGGAGGCGCCCGCCACCCAGCAGCCCAGCUGGCCCUCAGGAGAGGCGGCCGGGAAGGGCUCUUCCCCACAUGGGGUGGGCAGGCCUCUGGACGGACCCGAUGGUGCCAUGGCCGGAGUGCGCGCCCAGCAGCUCUCGGGAACAGAAAUGGAGAUCCUGGCCCUCUUCAACAAACCGAAGAGCCAUCAGAAGUGCCGACAGUACUAUCCUGUGACCAUCCCCCUCCGGGUGUCCAAGAAUGGCCAGACAGUGAGCGGGUUGGACGCCAAUUGGCUGGAGCACAUGAGCGACCACUUCCGGAAGGGCGGCGAGCUGGUGAAUGCGGUCUUCUACCUGGGCCUGGUCAACGAUUCCUUGCAUGGCUUGACAGAUGGAGUAUUCAUCUUUGAAGCUGUUUCCGCAGAAGAUAGCAAAACCAUGCAGAGCUAUGAUGCUAUUGUUGUCGAACAAUGGACGGUCCUGGAAGGUGUCGAGGUGCAGACAGACUACGUGCCCCUGCUGAACUCCCUGGCAGCCUAUGGCUGGCAGCUCACCUGUGUGCUGCCGACGCCCGUCGUCAAAACCACCAGGGAGGGGCAUGUAUCCACCAAGCAGAUUGUCUUUCUCCAGAGACCAUGUCUACCUCAGAAAGUCAAGAAGAAGGAAUCAAAGUUCCAGUGGCGAUUCUCCCGGGAGGAUGUGCACCACAGGCAGAUGAGGAAAUCCAAAGGUAAACUGAGCGCCCGAGACAGGCAGCAGGCAGAGGAAAGCGAGAAGCGUUCAGAAGACCAGUUCCCCAAAGCUGGAGACGUGGGCAACUGUGUGUCGGGCCCGCAACAGGAGGCCGGGGCCCCCGAGGAGGUGAAGGUCCCCACGCAUGAGGGCUCAGGAGAAAGGCCGUGUCCCGGGGGCCGGCUCCGCACAGAGGGAGGUGCCGUGCAGAACGGGCCCACUGGCCUCGUUGGGGCCCCUGCAGGGGGCCGUGCCGGGCCCACAGAGUCCGGAAAGGCUGCAGGGGAGGGGGCCAAAGAGGCGGCCGCAGAGCCCGCAGGAGGCGACUGAGCCCAACCCGCGAGGUUCGCCACCUGAGGGGGCAGUGGCCCUGCGUCCAGGGCAGGACUGCCCUGGCACCGUGUCUCACCCUUUGGCUUGCCUCGCCCUCUCCUUGUGAGCUCCUCCAGGCCCCCGACAGUGUUGGUUUCUGACCAUCCCCUCAGGCCAUGUCGUGAUGCCCAGUGUCAGAAUGCAAGAGGGCAGGUUAUUUCUUCUAAACCUAGGGGCUGGAACCCCAGCCCUGGCCCCAUUGCCUCUCCCAAGCCGGGGACUGGCCCCGCGAGGCCUCCAGCGGGCACUCGGGCCAAGCCCACGGACCACCCGGCUACUGACUGAGGCUGUUUGCUGUGCAUCCCCACACACCCCUGGGCAGUGUCCGGCCCUGCUGUUCUGCAGCUGCUUGGUGACCUGUAACAACCACUGGAGCCCCCCACACCCAGCCGCUGUCCCUCCCCCCACAGCCCUCAAGUGCUGCUGCUCUGGCAAAGAAAAUAGCACUGGGGAGGGAGGCGCCCCACCUCCUGGCUUUCUCUUGGUAUAUUCCCCUAGAUUCUGGUAACCUGGAACCAGGAAGUCUUUCUGCUUGUGUACCUGCUCUUGCAGAACAUCCGAGAAGGAAUUGUGUGUUGGUAUUACUACCCGAAAAGUAUUUUUAAAGGUUUUGUAUUCAGCACAUCAUAUGCACACAUGUUCCUUCUGUCAUUUCACGGCAAUCCGACAGGUUGGGAGCCCUUGUUUUGUGCUCUUUUAAUCAGUACUUGGCCAAGUUGUUUCUCAUGUAUGCUCUCACAUGUCUAUGUUGUUCAGAAAGUAUCGUUGACGCUUUAAGUAGAUGUGACUGGUGCACCUUGGAGAGAGAAUGCAUCGUUGUCUUGACCAAAACAACAGCCUGUCUCUUCUCUUUCUUGUUUAGUUACUUAAAGCAAUAAAUCAUCUAUGAAUUUAAUGCA